AUGGUCGAAGAAUAUUCACGUUAUAUAAAACAAUCGAUCAAACUCGAGAACGAUGACAGUAAAUAUUUAUGUGAAUGCAAUCAUUCACAAUCAUUCGGAAAAAAUUGCGAAUAUUUUUUACCGGCUGGCACAACGUUCGAUGCAACAAUUCAAUGGGAAAUGAGAAUGAAAUUAGAUUUUCCAUGGAGAAUACAAAUGUAUGGUGAUAUCUUGUGUUAUACAACAUUGAUAUGUGAUUAUGGUCUUUUAUGUCUCGAUUGGCGAGAUAUUUGCGAUGGAAAACAACAAUGUAUGUCAGGUUAUGACGAAGAAAAUUGUGACAAACUGGAAUUUAAUGAAUGCGACGAUGACGAAUAUCGAUGUAUGAAUGGUAUGUGUAUUCCUGAUGAAUAUUUUCUUGAUGGUGAAUAUGAUUGUAUGGAUUUCACAGAUGAAAAACAAUUAUUUGAUGAUGAGAAUUGUACAUAUCAAGCAGCGAAUCUCGAAUGUGACGAUCGAAUAUGUCUUCCUAAUCGAUGGUCGUGUGGUGACGGUCAAUGUAUAAAACAACGAUUUGAUUUUCAAAAUACGAAGCUAGUCGGUAUCGAUUGUACAAGUAAACGUAGUGAAUAUUACAUAUGUGAAUUGUACGGCAGAUAUAAAAGGUGGACAUUACCGAAUGGAAAAUGUUAUCCAAGUAACAGAUAUGAAGAAUCAAAUGCUAAAAAUCGUACUAUUGAUCAAGAAUGUAUUUAUCUAACCAAAUGUGCUCUCUCACAAGGAGCCGAAAAACAAUGUCCAUGCAAUGGUACUAGUUGUGUUGAUGCACUUAGCAAGGUCUGUCCUCCAGUAAAUAUUCAAUAUCCAAAUGGUGGCAUUAUUGCUCCAUAUAUUCGUCAUUUCUACAAUGCUACCCGUAAUUGGAAACAAAAACAUUCAGAUUUAAUGGUGUUUAAUGCAACAAUUAAAUGUCGAGGAUAUAUGAUUUAUCAAUAUACAACAAUAUUACCAUAUUUAUUUGAGUACGAUCUUCGAGAUUUCGAAGUAUUUCUAUGUUCAAAUAGCUCGACCAGUUCUAUUAUUCCUAUGAAUGGUUAUGAUACGUAUUGUUACAAUGAUUCGAUGACAUUUAAUAAUCAUCCGUAUUAUUUCAUUGAUAUAUGCAAAUAUUCGAGGGAGUGCAUUUCUGCUUAUCGUAUCGGCGAUGGAGUGGUCAAUUGUCAAGAUAAAAUGGAUGAAAAUCAAAGUGAAAUUAAUAUUUCGGGAGCUUGUCAAAAUGUUCAACGUCAACGUUUUCGAUGCUCAUCUGAAGAGUCUAGUUGUUUACAUGUCAAUAAUCUCGGUGAUUUCGAUUCGAAUUGUAACAAUAACUAUGAUGAAUCAUGGAUGGGAACUGACAUGAUGCUAUCAAAAGUCGAUUGUAAUAGUCAAUUGAAAGAUGGAUGUGAAUUCAUUCGUCAGUAUAUUACUAUUUCAUGGAGUUCUAAUACAAAUAAUAAUAAUAAUAAUAAUUCUACUUUACAUUUAAGUUCGACACGAAUACCGUUUCGCGCUUAUUGUGAUACAUUUUGGGAUUUAUACUCAAAGGACGAUGAAAAUGUGACUACAUGUCGAACAUGGUGGAUAUGUCUCGAAGAACAAUGGCAAUGUCGUACAGGACAGUGUAUCAAUAAAAAAUGGGUACUCGAUGGUGAGUGGGAUUGUAUUGAUGCAUCCGAUGAAGAAAGUAUAUUUGCUUUUAAUGCUAAUUUAUCUGAUCAUAAUAUGGCACUGUUUAAAAAUCUCUCUAUACUACAAGAUAUGUUUAAACGUAUGUAUAGAAUCCAAGCAUUCUCGACAAUAUGCAAUUUGAGCACAGAAUAUCCAUGCCUUCGAGUGAAUGUGUCUGAUGAUCUCUAUACAAUGUCACAUAAUCGACUUUGUAUCAAUCUAAAACAGAUUGGAGAUGGUUAUCUAGAUUGUUUAGGAGGUGUUGAUGAGCGAAAUGUUCAAGAACAUUGUGAUCGACCAGGGAUGCUUGGUCGUGAUUUCUUGUGUGCGUCAAGCAAAACAUGUAUUGCAGAUUCGUCUGCCUGUUCUGCAGAAUGCCCAAACACGUAUGAAGCAUCGAUUGCAUGCAAAAUAUAUGGAUAUAACAACGAUCGUCCGAAAGUAAAAGAUUAUCGAUGUAUAAAUCAUACGCACAAGAUACAAGCAAGAUGCGAUGGAAAAUACGAUUGUGUAUUUGGCGAAGAUGAAUAUAUGUGUGAUCGGCGAAAUCUUUCGAAUGCUAAGCCCUCCAAUGUACUUUAUCGAAAACAGAAAGAACUAUAUGUGAGAAAUGCGGAGCAAAAACUUCAAUUGCCAAAAUAUCCUCUUGAUACUAAUAAUACCAAACUCAACGAUAUCUUUAUGUCAACAAACAGCAGUAUACCGACGAUUACUCCAUCAUCUGAGGUAACAUCCAUUUUGAUUUCGUACGUGUGUAAUCGCGGUAUCGGCGUGCCGAUAUACAAUGGUUACAUUGUUUGCUUUUGCCCACCGCAGUAUUAUGGCGACAGAUGUCAACAUCAUAGUGAUCGAGUGACCGUCUAUCUACAUCUCAAUUUAUCACAAUCGAUCUAUACAGAAUCGACAGAUUCUGCAAUAGUACUCAAGUUACUUGUUCUAUUUUUGUGUAAAAAUCAAGUACUAACCACUAAUGAAUUUCAUGUGCGACCCGUAGUUGCAAUUACUACUUAUAGCAAAAAGAUUGGUUACUUCCUUUAUUCUCGAUCAUUCAAAUUCUUAGAAGAAAAACGAGCGCGGCGUUUUAAUCGUUCGAAUAUCAUUCACGAGCAUCAAUAUUCGAUUCGCAUCGACGCUUAUGAAUUAAAUGUUGAUAAAACACCUGUACUUAUCGCAGUCUGGCAGUAUCCUAUCUAUUUCGAUUACCUUCCUGUCUUUCGUCUUGCUAAAGUGCUUCGAUUGACUAAAUCAACAGAGAUCGAUGGUAGAAAUCCUUGUUUGAAAAAUCCUUGUAGUCAAUAUCAACAAUGUUAUCAAUUGCUCAAUCAAAAAUCUGCACAUAUUUGUCUUUGUGAGCAUUCCAUGAACUGUUCUCAACUGUUAUCACUGUCAAUGCAUCUCUAUUCAGAAGGUUCCAAUAUUUCACCAUAA